AUGUUGGACUUAUUCUCCAAAGAUCGAAUUUUCAACGAGGCAGGACUUAGAGCCGCCUUAUAUCAUCUGGAUGCAAUCUCAACUUCAGGUGCAACUGGAUUACAAGCCACGAUCGAACAUCUACUCUCACCACCCCAUGUUUUUGCCUAUAUCAUUUCUGUUUGGAAUCGCUCCGAGAGAAUGAUCUCGCAGAUCUUGACAGACUUUCCUACCAAAUCUCAAGAAUAUCCUUCAUCCCUUGCGAGCAAGAUUCUAGACAAUUUGUCUAUAUAUCUUUUAGCCUUGCCAGUUGAGUCUUUGGAGACAGAAGUCUCAAGGGACAUCAGCCGCCACAGAGGCUUCAUAGCGGGCGCUUUACCCUUACUUUGUGCCUUGAGCACUAUGAAAUUUUCCAACGCCAAUUCAUUUGAAGACGAGAGCGAUCUCUUCGACGUCGAACCUGAUGAUGGAUUUGUCAAAAUGAAAAUGCCUCAGAAAAUGCGCAAGCGAAAUCGCCAGAAACCUCAGCAUGUGACUAUCGACACAUCACUCUUCUUCAGGCUCGAUGUGGCUGUGCCUACCACGAGUGACGCGGCCGCAGCGUUGUCCGUUCAUAUUCUUGCAGAGCUGAAGCAAGUCCUCUCGUUCUACCUCUCGCUUCUGCGGAGGACGGAAUUAGCAGGCGACAUCAAAGCCUUACUCCUCCCAAAUGUAGGAGAGUCCGCCAAGGAUGUCGCGCCUGCAUUUUCGUCCACCGACGAUGUCGAGAACUCAACAAACCGACCCAACGCGUAUCCAAUGGUGCAGCCCAUGAAGGCUGCCCUUUACUUCGACAACGCGGAUGGGUUCGGAGAGUGGCGAAUCCUCAUAUCCACCGAGGCCUAUAAAAAUUUGCGUGAAUUCCGUCGAGCGGAUGUGAAGAUAUUCCAGAUCAUCGUCAAGAAGAUCAAACAGCUAUCGAAUGGUCAUUUCUCAGAUGAUAACCACAAGCGACUUAAUGGACCGGAUGCCGGCAUUCCUAUCCAUGAGGCCAAGAUGACAAGGGACCUACGAUUGGUAUACCAGAUUGAUUGUGUCCCUGACCAUGACGGAGAGGUGGGUCGUUCUUCCAUCAAUAGCAAGCAUCAUGCUGAGACCGGACUCUCGACAGUUCGAGAGACAAGGUCUACGGCAUUUAUACGCAUGCUCAGCUUGGCAGAAUAUGGGAUGCGUUGGGGAGUCAUCUCGCACGCAAGGGCAGAGAAUAUCGUAGAAGGUGAGGUCAUCUUUCGGAAUAGACCAGCGCUUUCUAAUGAUAGCGUCAUUCUGCCAGCGUCAUUCCCGCCGGCAGAACCUGAGCCAGAAUGCCCAGGAAGCCCGCUCGAUCUUAGUGAUAAGGACAUGGACCACGUUGAUUUGGAGAAAUACGUCGCAUUCUCGCAAGCGUUUCUGCAUAGUCUCAUCGCGAACCAAGACGUACAACACGUCUUCAUGCUCACACCUCAAGAACUAAAGAUUGUUGAGAAUACCACGUCGUGCUACGUCUUGGGUCGCAGCGGUACAGGAAAAACCACGACGAUGCUGUUCAAGAUUCUCGGCAUUCAGCGAGCUUGGGAGAUGAGUGCUGUCGGUAUGCCCAAACCGCGCCAAAUCUUUGUAACCAAAUCCAGAGUGCUCGCCGCGAAGGUGGAAGAGUAUUUCACAAAGCUUCUUGAGUCUCUGGCGCUGGCAGGCUAUACUCUGCAGGAACUUGCGACAAUGAAGGCACAAGCUGUCCAGGAGGGCCUUGUUGAUCUCGAUGACAUGCCCGAAUCGCAGAUGACUAUACCCAUGAAAUACAGCGAGCUUGAGGACAAGCACUUUCCUCUUUUUGUGACUUUUGAUCGAUUGGCGAAGAUGGUCGCGGCAGAUAUCUUGAGCAAGGACAACCCCGAAACGAGAGAUAGCGCAGAACUUUUCUUCAUUGCUGAUGAUGCUGAGGCGCAUGACUCUUUCGUCACCUAUGAAACCCGUGGUUGGUUUUCAGCGAAUUUAUGGGGAUCGUCAAAGGCUCCGAACACUGCGCUGAGCUGUCCUGACGGGGUUCUCGAUCGCCCGAAUUAUCUACGCCUUCCUCAUCGUUCCAACCCGAAUUUUGCGAAUCAGAGGGGGAUUCUGUAUGACAUGUUCGAGAGUUACACUAAAUUCAAGAGGCAGCGACGUCAUCACGAUGUUGCGGAUCGCACGCAAGCAAUACUCAAGGUUUUGCGGAGCCAAAGAUUCCCUGGCCAACAGAUCGAUUAUCUGUACGUCGACGAAGCGCAAGACAACCUUCUGAUCGACGCGCUCUUCUUGAGGCAACUAUGCAGGAAUCCAGACGGUUUGUUCUGGGCUGGAGAUACCGCACAGACAAUCUCUGCUGGGAGUUCUUUCAGGUUCGACGAUCUGAAAGCGUUCCUCUACCGUGUAGAGCAGCAAAAUACUUCUGUCAACUCCGCUGUAGCAUCUCUCUGCCAGCCCACGAUGUUUCAAUUGGCAAUCAACUACAGGUCACACGGGGGCAUCGUCAACUGCGCUCAUUCUGUGAUCGAAAUCAUCACAAGAUUCUGGCCCAACACAAUCGAUAACCUACAGCCAGAAAAGGGGGUGGUUGACGGGCUGAAGCCUGUAUUUUUCACCGGUUGGGACAAAGACACCGUUCGUUAUGAGCAGUUCUUGUUCGGGGCGAGUGGAAGCCACAUCGAGUUCGGAGCCCAGCAGUGCAUACUCGUGCGUGAUGAUGCAGCACGUCAGAAGUUGCGAGAACAAGUAGGCGAUAUUGGACUGAUUAUGACGCUUUACGAGAGUAAAGGCCUGGAGUUCAAUGAUGUGCUGUUGUACAACUUUUUCGAGGAUUCCGUUGUAGAUCUGUCGCGCUGGCGCAUAGUUCUCAAUGGGGUAGAGGGUCAAGCACAUGCACCGAAUUUCGAUCGUGACGAGGCACGUUACGCUGGGGUUUGCAGCGAGCUCAAGCUUCUUUAUGUGGGGAUCACCCGAGCAAGGAAGAACAUGUGGAUCGUCGACAAGUCUGAUAAGUCAGACCCGAUGCGUAUAUUCUGGACCUCUCGAGAUCAGGUUCAGAAUUGUACUCCCGGCACCGAUGUUCCUCAUCUAGCUGUAUCCUCGACUCCAAAAGAAUGGGAAACCUUCGGGCAUUCACUAUUCUUGCACAAGCGGUAUUCACAGGCUAUGCAUUGCUUUGAACGUGCUGGCCUUCGUCGUGAGGUGAAGGUCUGUGAAACCUAUCAACUGCGAGAAGUAGCACGCUCUAGUGUCGGAGUGGCCUCACUCAACGACCAAAAAAGAGCUUUUGUCGUGGCAGCCGAUGCCUUUACUGAUUGUGGUGCGGCCGCGACGGGGAACCAGAGGCUCCAAUAUUAUCGCAACUCAGCAGACUGCUACGUUCGAGGAGGGGAUGAUCUCAAAGCUGCCGAGGCCUAUCUCAAGGCUCAAGAGUUUGAGCAAGCAGCGAAGAGAUAUCGCAAGGCUGGACGUUUUGACAGGACACUUCAUGUCCUUAAUGACCAUGGCACGAAUAUACCUGAAGAGACCUCUGCGGAGUUACGGACUGUGUGCAGACUCUUUUACUGCAGCAGGAACAACACUCAGGCUCCCUUACCUCUCUUCUCAACAUUCGAUGAGGAACUCGAGUUUCUGGAGGACUAUGAUCUGGAUUAUGCUCGUGCUUCACUACUUGAAUCUCACUCAAGGUACUAUGAGGCCGCAGAGCUGCAUUUAUCAGAGAACCGGCCCCUGGAAGCUGUCCGAGCAUUCAUCAAGGACAACGGCAAUGUCGAUUCCACUGCUCGUGCGGCUGACACUAUUUUGGAACACCUCUGGCGCAAAUGCUCCUUUAGAAUAUCUGCAAAGGUUGCCUUUGCUGACGGGUCACUCCAGCAUUUCAUCACUCUCGCUGAUCAGCUACAGACGAGCAAACUAAAGCCCGUGACGCAGGAUCUAAACAUCGAGGCAUUCAGAGACUGUUCUCCUAUGGUGCAGCUGUCCGGUGAUGAGUUUCUCAUACCAAGUGGAACGUUCCUCCACAGCAGUGUGAUGGAAAUUCGCCAAGGAAUCGCUUUGGUAUCGGAACAUCCGUCCGGGUAUCGAGCCUCUCGCAGAAACAUCACGGAGCUGCUACAAUUAUCGAUUCGAACUGUCUUGAAAGACAAAGUGUCGGCGAUGGAUGCUAUGUGUUGCCAAUCCCCCGUUUUCUCGCAGUGCCUGCCAUUCAUUGUUUCUGGGAUGUGUCGAAGAGAAAACUGUCCCCAAGAGCAUGUCGCAAUGUCGAAAUUGGAUCGCAUGUAUUACAACGCCCGUGUUGCCAUCCACAUCUGGCAGAUUCUCAUCUUGCAAUUGAUGUAUUCCUCUCACCCAUACAUUGACCGACGCGAUAGCAUGAGGGACUGGCUCAGUCAUCUUUACGAGGCACUUAAUCCACCCUUCUUCAUUCAAGGUUCUCUCGCGGACCUUGACAUGAGUCUAAUGCCAUUUCGUUUAGAUGGCAUGAAAGUGGUGAAGCUGUGGAUCCGCGAAUCCUUCUACUCGCUCGACCCAUUCUAUACCCAGAGUCACUUUUUGACGGCACUGAUGAGGAUUACUAGUCUAGGUUUUGCUUGUGACAGGAAUGACGCAUCUGGCUACAUCUGUCGGGCAAAAUGUAUGGUCUCCGGACCGGUCGAACUGCAUCGCAAAAUAGACGAUCGCUAUAUGGUUCGUGACUUGUUCAACUCUUACCAAGGAGCUAGCUACAGCAGCAUCUCAUCGGGAAUUCUGUAUCUUCUGCAUGUCCUCAACAAUCGUUUGUUUACCAACCUCUCCGUGCUGUGUGACUGCAUCGAGGACAUCUGCAGCGCCUUUGUAAUUAAGUACCGAAUGGACCCGGCGUUUAAUCAGCUUCCCCUCCAUGAUGUCGUCCUUCCAUGUAACUGGUUACUGUCUCCCCACAAAUUCACUGCGGAGAAAGAAGCUAGGCUGCUUCUCAUGGGCACGCUUCUGGAUGAGAUAGCAAGGCUAGUCGAAGCAUUGCGCAUAGAGGCUGGCAUGGAAUUCCUCUGGCUGAACCAUACUAAAUUUACGCCUAUUCUCCGCAAUAUUUUCAUUUCCCGGAUCUGUAGAAUUCUCUGCCUUGUUGCCCAUAAUACUAGGAGCCGCCUCAUCAAGGACAAAGUAGACAAGAUCAUACUUUUUCUACACAAGAACAACCCUCCUUCAAAUUGGCGUACAGCUAACUAUCGGAAACUUGUGGAUGACGUGGUCAGGUACAUGACACCCUUGCCAGGACGGGUGCCCCCUUCAGACGGUUACGUGCGAGCUCUCCUGGCUUUCGACAACAACACAGGAGUCAGCAAUCUGGCGCACCUUGUCCACAAAACGAUGAGCCAUCGCGCUCGAAACUAUCCAGUUCGUCGGAUCUUAUACGAAAAGGUCGUCGAGAUUCCCCAUCUCCUUUCGUCUUAUGCAGUAAUCGCACAGUCUACUCUGAGAGUGGAGGCCCCUACCUUUGUACCUCGCUUAGAGCAUCCCAAAGAUCACACGGAAGUCCACGAUGAGAAAGAAGAAGCGCAACCUCAAGAGUUCGAGGGAGAGGAAGAAAGGGAGGAAGAUGUUGUGGCGCAUACUGAUGCCGAGACUCGCGAUGCGAUGGAGAGUUUGGAUGAGGCGGUAACGUCCCUGGCACCUGAUUUGGACGAGUCACUACGCUCUAAUGGACCAUCGGUGGAGGAAGAAAAGGCGGCUUUCAAGAUUCAGAACACAUAUCGCCGUUACGUUAGACGUCGCUCUAGUCAUGCGGUGGAUGCCGAACUCGCUGCGAUAUUCACGAGAUGCUUCAAGGAGACACAGUCUUCUGAAUCUGACUGGUAUCCGGGUUAUUACCGCCUCCUUUUUCUUGGACCAUUGCCCCACCUUUUGGUGUGCCUGGAACGAGGCAUUGCUCUGACCCACGCUGCCAAGGCGAAAACGAAAGGCCUUCUUAACGAGGAGAAGCAUGAAAAGCUUGAGGAGUUGGGCAGGCAGAGAAGCGGGAUCGCAGCGACGCUCAAGAAGGGCUUGCGAUUGCGCAAGCAGCUAGAACCUUCCUCGGCAGCCCAUCGUGCCCGCGACAUUGAUGCCCUCAAACGUGCAGUUCUAGAGGUCAAAGAAUUCAUGCAGAGGGUUCCCAGCAACAUGCAGGAUAUGCAAACUGGGUUUCAAGUAGCCUAUAAGGCAAUCAUUGCCGAGAAGAAGGUUCCGGCGGGAAAGGAGAAAGAGAGACCCGCUCUCAACGUGGAGGAUGUCUAUGACUGCUUGAUAAGUAGGUCGUGGAGAGUCGAGACCGUGAUUUGA